AUGGGUGAGUGUCCUAUGAAGCACGCCAAUGUCGCUGGCGGCGGCACCAAGAACCUCGACUGGUGGCCGAAUCAGCUACGCCUCAACAUUCUUCGCCAGCACCAGCCGGCAUCCGACCCCUUCAAGACCUUCAAGGACGAAUUCGACUAUGCUGCCGCCUUCAAGACGCUCGAUUAUGAGGGCCUGAAGAAGGACCUGCACGCCCUCAUGACCGACUCGCAGGAGUGGUGGCCGGCCGACUUUGGCCACUACGGCGGUCUCUUCAUCCGCAUGGCAUGGCACAGCGCCGGCACCUACCGUGUCUUUGACGGCCGCGGAGGCGGCGGCCAGGGCCAGCAGCGCUUCGCUCCUCUCAACAGCUGGCCCGACAAUGUCAGCCUGGACAAGGCUCGCCGCUUGCUGUGGCCCAUCAAGCAAAAGUACGGCAACAAGAUCUCGUGGGCCGACCUCUUGCUUCUCACGGGCAAUGUCGCCCUCGAGUCCAUGGGCUUCAAGACAUUCGGGUUUGCCGGCGGCCGCCCAGAUACCUGGGAAGCCGACGACUCGGUUUACUGGGGCGGCGAGACGACCUGGCUCGGCAACGACGUCCGCUACUCGCAAGGCCAGGAAGGGCUUCGGGGCGACGGCAUCCUCAACACCGACGAAUCGACUAAGAAGGGCCACACGGACAUUCACACGCGCGAUCUCGAGUCGCCUCUCGCUGCCGCCCACAUGGGCCUUAUCUACGUCAACCCAGAGGGCCCUGACGGAAUUCCCGAUCCCAUCGCGGCCGCCCGCGACAUCCGCACCACCUUUGGCCGCAUGGCUAUGAACGACGAGGAGACGGUUGCUCUCAUUGCUGGCGGUCACACCUUCGGCAAGGCACACGGUGCCGCUCCCUCUGACAAUGUCGGCAAGGAGCCCGAGGCAGCUGCCAUUGAGCAACAAGGCUUGGGGUGGAGCAACAAGUACGGGUCGGGCAAGGGCCCGCAUACCAUUACGAGCGGCCUCGAGGUCAUUUGGACCAAGGAGCCCACGAAGUGGAACAACAACUUCUUCGAAUACCUCUUCAAGUUUGAGUGGGAGCUCACCAAGAGCCCCGCGGGCGCCAACCAGUGGGUGGCCAAGAACGCCGAAGCCUUCAUUCCCGACCCCUACGACCCCUCCAAGAAGCAUGUCCCGCGCAUGCUCACGACCGACCUUGCGCUACGCUUCGACCCUGAGUACGAGAAGAUCUCGCGGCGUUUCCUCGAGCACCCAGACCAAUUCGCCGACGCGUUUGCCCGUGCCUGGUUCAAGCUGCUGCACCGUGACAUGGGUCCCCGCUCGCGCUGGCUCGGCCCUGAGGUCCCGUCCGAGAUUCUUGACUGGGAAGACCCCGUUCCUCCCGUCGAUCACCCCCUGAUCGACGAGAACGACAUUGCCGCGCUGAAGAGAGAGAUUCUGGCCACUGGCGUCUCCCCAGCCAAGUUUAUCUCGGUCGCCUGGGCGUCUGCCUCGACCUUCCGGGGUAGCGACAAGCGCGGCGGCGCCAACGGGGCGCGCAUCCGUCUGGCCCCGCAAAAGGACUGGAAGGUCAACAACCCGGCUCAGCUGGCCGAGGUGCUGCAGGCGCUGGAGCGUGUCCAGGCUAAGUUUAACGGUUCAGCGGCCGGAGGCAAGAAAGUCUCGCUGGCUGACCUGAUUGUCCUGGCCGGUGUGGCAGCGCUGGAACAGGCUUCCGGCGUGCCUGUCCCCUUCACUCCGGGCCGCACCGACGCUAGCCAGGAGCAGACUCUUGUCCCGUCGUUUGAGCACCUCGAGCCAUACGCCGAUGGGUUCCGCAACUACGGCAGGGGCACGUCGCGCGUGUCGACGGAGCAGUUCCUUGUUGACCGCGCACAGCUUCUGACCCUGACGGCGCCUGAGAUGGCGGUUCUGAUUGGUGGCCUGCGUGUGCUGGGAGCGGGCAACUAUGACGGUGCGUCGCACGGCGUCUUCACGUCGCGCCCGGGCAAGCUCACCAAUGACUUCUUUGUCAACCUGCUGGAUAUGGGCACCGCGUGGAAGGCCAUUGACGGCAACGAGGUGUUUGAGGGGACCGACCGCAAGACGGGCCAGAGGAAGUGGACGGCCACAAGGGCUGACCUCGUGUUUGGCUCGCAUGCUGAGCUGCGCGCCAUCUCGGAGGUGUAUGCCUGUGCGGAUGGGCAGGAGAAGUUUGUCAAGGACUUUGUGGCGGCGUGGGAUAAGGUGAUGAACCUGGAUCGGUUUGAUGUGAAGAAUGGAGGUCAGGCUGCCGCUAAGCUCUAG